AUGUCUGUCUCCGGUUGCGGCUUUGCGGGUCGACUUGCUGCUUCCCUCUCAAAACCGGUCCUUCUCGGCCUCAGCGAUUGGCUGACAGUCGGAAUGCCACUCGUCACUGAUUGGUCAACACGACGAGACGGCAAAUCGCCCAUUUUGAUUGGACGACACGUCGAGCAGAGACAGAGAGCCCAUCGUCUUCUCUCUCGCUCGGUCGGCCCGCAAAUGCGCCACGCAGUCGACCCGACAACCUGUCGUCAGGUUGGAGUCCCGCUGAGCCAAAGCGGUCGACGAGACCGAGCAAAGACCGGCCGACCCCCCACCCCGACAGCAACGUGGCGGCGCCAGCAGAUGAACUCCUGCUUCCCGUUGCCCAACACCCCUUUCCCCCCCCACCCUUUCGCGGACUCGAACUCGAGUCAGGCCGGUCAGGUGCAUCUCGACGCGGGUCAGCCGACGCGAGCGACGCGCCGAGUCGAGUCGUCAGGCGCCGCGUUUCCGCGACACCCUCGAGAGGAGGCCGGUUCG